AUAAUGAAAUUGUGAACAUUGAUGAAUUAUUUAAGGUUUUUUAAGGAAAAAAAAGAAAACUUCUGUCAAAAUUUAUUUAUCGGUACUACACUAAAAAGUGGCCGAUGCUACAUCAUCAUCAGUUUGAGGUAUGUUCAGUUGAUCCUACGUGAUUAAUGAAGUGAUUAAGAUUUAAUCAUGUCAAUUUGAAGUGAUUAACAAAUCAUUUAAAUGUAUGGAUAAUCAUCUCGAUUUUAAAGUAAUUAGAGCUUAAUCACGUUUGAGAUGAUUAACUCUGCAAAUGUGAACAUAGUAUUACGCUCAAAUUUUAUAACGGAAAGAACAAAAAUGAAUAAAAGAGAAAAAUACACAAAUAAAUUGCAAAUGGAAGCAAUGGUUGAUAUAAUGAAAAAAAAUGAAGAUAUUGCUUGUGGUUUUACUCAACGCGCUUCAGCAGAAGUAAAAAAAUUCUGGGAAGAUUUAGCACGAACACUAAAUGCUUCCGGACCGCCUUUAAAAGAUGCCGGCGGUUGGAGAAAGGUAUGGUCAGAUUACAAAAGCGGUGUAAAAAAGAAACUUACGAAAAAUAAACAGCUUUUAGCUGGAACAGGAGGAGGUCCAUACAAAGAAAUUCCACUAACAGAAACAGAAGAAGAUGUUAGCGUUCUGGUAACCUUAAAUACAACUGUUCAUGGAAUAACUAAAAUAAACAACUUCGGUGCUUCAAGAACUCCAUUACCGAAAAUAGUUGAAGGUUCAAACCUUUCGGAAAUAAAUUUGCCGUUGGAACAAUAUACAUUGACACAGGAAAUGGAUUUGUCGAUUGAAGAACGUUGGAAACUGUGAAUGAAGAAGCAAAUACACAGAACAGUUCUUUCACACAUUUGAAUUGCUUAAAGAGCAAAUUAAAAUACAAAAAAAAUUAGCUUCGGACGUCACAUCUGUUCUAGAAAAAAAUGAAGGAACAAAAUAAGGAAAAUUAUAAAGUUAUAAAAGAUGCAAAGAGAGCCCUGUAUAAACUUAGUGAUGAAGAAUAAACUAAAAUCUUUGAACAGCAGCUGGAAGAACAAAAGAGUCACAACGAAGAAAUGAAGAUAUUAUUAAUGAAAAAAAUUGCUCUUAAGGAAAAAAUUUUGUAGCUUGAAAUUGAAAAGCUAGACAAACAGUUACAGUAAGAUUAGCUACAUAUAUAAAAUUGAUGUGUGUAACACUCAGUACUUACAUAUAUGCAUUCCAAAAACAUGAAUUUUGAUGAUUUUUUAUUUUUUUUAUUAUUUACAUACAUACACUUGGCCGCAUAAGUUUGCGUACAAGAACGAAAAUUAAAAGUAUACUCUAAUUUUGGAUAUAAAAAUAGACGUUACUCAUUAUAAAUUUUUUAUAUAAAACUCUUAAAUAUUUAAGAACACAACUGCAUUGUAAAAUAUAUAUUUAAGAAUCAACAAAACUUAUAAGAAUUCAAUUCAUAAAAAAAUUCAAUUAUUUUGCGUACAUAAAAAAAAAUAUUACUGAUUUUUAUAAAUUAAACUGUAUUUUAAUGAUUAUUUGGAUAA